CGAGCCAGUAACCUUCGUUGGUGGAAGUUGCGGUAUACAUACAUUCGUGUGUUUAAGUAUAAUCAAUGAUGAAUUGCAAAAGAUAGUCGAUAUCUAUCAAUAAGAAAAAAUACAUGAAGUGUAUGUUGCGUACGAUCGACGCUGCGUUUCACUCGUGAUAUGUUCUUCGCCUCAAAGUUAAACAAAAUUUUAUUGUGGCGCUGUAUCAACAGCUGAUCAACUGGCAGUCUCUGACCAAAAUUUUCGUUCUAGUCAACUCCAGUACCCGAGGGGGGAAAAAACGAUGGCCGGAUUUGUGUUGAGAGUUAAAACGAAAUCAGGUCAAAAGGUUGUAAACGGACUGAUCCCGCAAGAUAAGGUAUCCGAAUUAAAAUCGAAGCUCGCAGAGCUAACAGGAAUACCCGUCGAUUCGCUUCACGUUCUUGGUGGGUUUCCACCGAAAGCGAUUAAUCUCAACGAUGAAGCGAACACGAUCGAGGAGAGCGGCAUUGUUUCGGGUGAUACCUUAAUCGUAGAAGAAAAACCACCUCUUUACAAUGGAAAACGAAAAUCGGAAGAGAUCGGUCGAUCUCAUAUCAUUGAUGAUGAAAGUUACAUCAACACGCCUGGUGUACUGAUGAAAAAAGUUGUACCUGCAGAUAACUCUUGCUUGUUUACCAGUGUUGGAUAUGUGCUCAAUGGUAAAGUAGACCCUAGUUGCGCAAGCUUCAUGAGAGAAAUUAUAGCAAACGCUGUGGCAGCUGAUCCAGAAGAAUAUUCUGAAGCUUUCUUAGGUCGACCCAACUCUGAAUAUUGUAAAUGGAUUUCAAAGCCUGAAUCGUGGGGUGGAGCUAUAGAGUUGUCUAUUUUAUCAAAAUUUUAUGGAUUGGAAAUAGCAGUAAUUGAUAGCAUUAAUGCUAUAAUCAAUAGAUUUGGGGAAGAUCAACAUUAUGCUCAAAGAGUGUUUCUAAUAUUUGAUGGAAUUCAUUAUGAUCCUUUAUACCUAGAACCACUUGAUGGUGGUAGUAUUCAAACUAUCUUUCCUACAGAAGAUGAAAGAAUGUUAUUGGAGGCAGCAGAACUUGCAAGGGAAGUAAAAUCUAGUCGUCAAUUUACAGAUAUUCAAAAAUUUACAUUAAUGUGCAAUGUUUGUAAAAUCAAAUUAAAUGGCCAAAUGGAAGCCCAACAACAUGCUAAGGAAACAGGCCAUAUGAAUUUUGGAGAAGUAGCCGCGUAGCAAACUAAAUCUAUCCUCUGAUAAUUGUAAAUCACUUUUGAUUGGACUGCUGUUUGAGAAUCCUAUUAAAUUCAAGUCUCAAGCAGAAUUUUCUACUUAAGCGAGGCUUGUAAGCAAACCAGCUAUUUAAUAUGGAUACCUUGUUGUUUAUAUAUAAGAUAUAUGCAGUGCACUAUGAGGAUUGUUUAGACAUGUAAUAUACACAGAUUUUUAAUUUUGACUAAAGAUCAAAUUACUACAACUGAAACUUACAUAAUUGGUUUUGUUAUAAUACAUAUAGUUUUAGGUAAUUAUAUUUCCUUUCUGAUUGAAUGUGUUCUUAGUACACAUUUCUUGCAUGCACAAGUUAAGAAUUUUACUGUAAAAUGAAAUACUAGUAUUCUACAAUUAUAUAGUUGUUAAACAUAAUGUUAUUUUAAAUUAAUCACGAUAGAAACUCAAUUGAUCAAACAAAGUCCUUUGUGCUUGAAACAAAAUAGUGCAAUUUUGGAUCAAUCUUUUAAUCCAUUUUGUCUCUAUUAAUUGGAUUUCUAUUGUUUACAUGUAUACUGAAACAUUUAUUCAUUUUGUAACAGCAAAUGUCUUGCAUGAAUUAAAAACAUAAAGAUAUAUUCUCUUUGGCGAGAUUAAGAAUCUGUGAUACUUGAUUAAAUUUGCCUAAAAUGAAAUUCAUAGCCUUUGCUGGCAGUGAAUGUGUUCCAUACCAUAUAUAUAUAUAUAUAAAUAAAGAAAUAAAUCUUAAUGUUAAUUAUGAAGUGAAAUGGAGUUCACUUAAUUUCGCUUUUAAUGGCAAAUCAAUUUAGCACCAUUGAUAGCAAACUUUAUAUGAAUAAAGUAAAUACUGUUCCCAAAAGUGCAAACAAAGAAUGAAACAUUGUUAAUAUAAAUAACAUCACAUUUUUAUUAAUAAAAAUGUUACUUGAUGAAAACUGCAGAAUGUUAUCUUAAAAGAUUUGAUCUCUAUAAUAUACUAGAUUAAUUUACAGUCCAAGUAUGCAUAUACUAAAAAAAUAAAACAAAAAUAUAUAAUAAGUUAAACAAGAAACUAACAAUGACACCUAUAUUAUACAUGUAUGUAUAACACUAGGAUAUUGUAAUUAUUUUGUUAUUGCGAUUUCUACGUAAUUGAACAUGCACUGUAAUAAUAUACGAGUUACAAUGAAAAAAUGAAAA